AUGUCUUUGGCAAUUGUCAAUUGGUCGCCAUUGCUAUCCAAUAAGUCAUUCAACUUCUACUACUAUGACAUGUGGCAGCUGUACGACGACCCCCGGUCCACGUCGUGGCCAUUCUUCAAGGGCGGCCCCUGGAGUACGUUAGCCAUCAUUGCCUCCUACCUCUACUUCGUUAGAGUGUUUGGUCCGGAGUUAAUGAAAGGACGGAAUGCCUACGACCUGAAGAAACUAAUCCUAAUGUAUAACGUGUUUAUGGUAUUGAUCUCCCUUUGGAUGUUCACCGAAGCGUGUCUUUUGCUGAAUUGGGGUCUCGACACGUGGGGCUGUCAGCCCGUCAACCAGAACUCCAAUGACCCCAUAGAGGAUCGCAAACUGCUGUUGGGCUGGACUUUCUUCAUCACGAAGUUCAUCGAGUUGUCGGACACUGUGUUCUUCAUUCUCCGCAAGAAAUACAGUCAACUCUCCGGUCUUCACGUGAUCCACCACUCGAUGGUUCCGAUACUCGUGUGGAUUGGCUUUAAGUUUCUUCCGGGCGGUGCGAACGCCUUCUUCCUGUACAUCAACUCCUUGGUUCACGUGAUAAUGUACUGCUACUACGCCCUGUCCACCUUCGGGCCCUCCGUGCAGCCAUACUUGUGGUGGAAAAAGUAUUUAACGAAACUCCAGAUCAUUCAGUUUGUGCUCAUCAUUACGAAUAGCGUUCGCCUCUUAUUUCUGCCCAACUGUUCGGCGCCCAAAGCCUUCAGCUAUUUAUCGAUAGUAAAUGCGGCGCUUUUUCUCGUACUCUUCGCCUCCUUCUAUAGACAAAGCUAUAGUCAUCGACACAAACCCACUAAACUUCACACCAAUUAA